AUGAAUCGGCCCACUUCCCCACAGGCCAUGUCCUUUGCUGCUCAUGUGGGGCAUGUUAACUACCCCAUGCACCACUACCAAAAACCUUCACUUGGUAGGACUGAAAGGUGCACCUCUACAAGCACCCUAUCUAGAGCUGAAAACUGCUCCCCUACAAAUACCAUAUCUUGCGCUGGAAGCAGCACCCCUACAAGUACUAUGUCACAGGCGUCCGCUGGAACAGUAGUAUCAGAUGUUGAGGUGAGUACUUACUAAUCCAAACUCAUGCACUGUUUUACUAUGUGGUUCCUUCACCCAACUGCAUGUUUGGACCACUUUGAUAAUUUUUUUUUAGGCUAGUAACAUUUACUUUUCAAAUUUCUCAUGUAAGAGAAAGCCUAAAUGUUGGAGAUACUUUAUUGCUUUAUUGUCAAAGUAUCAAUGGCUGUUUAGUGAAAAGUACAUUUUUUUUAAAGGACAUUACGGUAGAAAGUGGUGAAUAUGCAAAUAUUUGGUAUGCUUGGUUUAAUGUCUAAAUUAUAAUUUUAUUUAUAGUAAACAUAAAGUUAUAGUGAAUUGACAACUGAAAUAUGUAGGCCAACAUUUGGAAAAGGGGAAAAAAAUAUUUCAAAUAUUCUUAGUUAGAGAAUUUUUCAAGCUUGCCACUUUCAUCCAAUUUUUUUACUCCACUUUUCGAUUUAGUUCAACUCACUGUUUACUAAAUAAAUGUGUCUUUUUAUUUUAUUUGGAAUAUAGCUGUUGCAGGUAUGGCUGUAAUGAGGUUAUGGCUGUCCAUUAGGAUUUCCUUGUGAAGCCUUAAUAUUGUGGACAAUUGCAUAUUUUAUAUUGUCUUGUGAUACUUUUUUUGAACUAUUUUCUGCCAAAAUGAACUCAAAUCUGAGUUAAGGUCUACUUUAACUAUAAAUAAACAGUGGGAAAUUGUAGUUCAAGUAAGCCUUUUAUAUAAAGUCUAUUGCAAUCUCAGUGUAUAUGUAUCUAUGCUGGCCUCAAUGUCCCAUCCUCUAAUUGGAGCUUUUGUAUGGCAUAUAUAUACUUAUGCACUGAAACCACUUGUAAAUAACACAUUCAUAUCACAAACUAUGACUGUGGUUGAUGUUUUCCUGGAGAAUAAUUAAAAAUGUUUUCUUGAACCUCAAGUUUAACACUUGCUCUUUACAUUCACAGGAUCAAUCAAGCAUGACUGAGCUGAAAGAAUUUGCCCAAAAAGUGAAAAAGCGGAGGGAGUCAUUAAGGCUUACCCAGGAAAACGUUGGGGACGGACUAGGAGUUUUAUACAGUAAGAUCAGAUAUAAGAAGUUACUAAUAUAUCGAAUUUAAAAAAACAAAAGAAAGAUAUUUAUAUUUUCAGUUUGUAAAAAAAUUAAAACAAUGCACAAAUAAAAAUCAACUUUUAUAUUAAAGGGAAAAUCUGGUAUUUUUGAUACAGAAAGUAUAAUUAUCUAAAAUAUGUAUUAUUGAUAAAUUUGUAUAUAUAUGAAUGGAUAUCAUAUUCUAUACAUUUUGUUUGAUAAAUUUACUCUGAUCCUUUGAAAAAGCACAGAGAGGGCAUUUAAUGCAAAUGUAUUUCUUUUUCCAACAACACUUUGGAAUAAUGAAAUUCAGUGCGGAUGUUAUCCCUGAAUUUGAUGGCAUGCAGUAGCCUUUGAUUUCAGUCAUGAGCCCAACUCUUGGAAAUAUGAGAUAAUGCAAGGUCAAAGAUAGGAAACUCAUGGAAACAUGCACCGGGAUACAGUUUCAUUGUACCAAAGGAUCACGUUUGUGUAAAAUGCUCAUUGUAAACUUUUCAGGUUGCAGUUGCAAUGUCAGAGUGCUGUCAACAUAAAUAUAUAAAAAAAAACAUAAGUCAAUAAUGAACUAAAAAGGUAAUCAAAAAAAGCUCUUUCCAUAUUAAUAAUAAUAUUAACAUUAUUACUAUCUUAAUUGAUUUAGUUAUAAAUAAUAGAGUUUUGUUUAAAAUCAGAGCACCUGGACAUCACAUAACAGACAAACCAUCUACUUUGUUACAGAGAAAUCAUUUAGCCAAACAACAAUCUCCAGAUUUGAAGCUGUCCAACUGACCCUUACUAAUAUGCGGAAACUGAAACCAAUGCUGGAGAGAUUUUAUGAUGAAGUUGAAUCAAAUGAGGCUACUCGAGAAGUAAGUAAAACAUUUCUCAUUUCGGGAGCAUGUACAGGGACUUAUACUCUAAAGAUUGUGACAAAAGUACUCCUUUCCCUUGGUACCUUGUCCUGGGAUUGGGGUGUUACACACAGUCUUUUCAGGCUUUAGAGACACUUCACACGCUGGAUGAGGUAAACUGACUUGCUCUUUUAUUGAGGUUCCAAAAUAAAUGCACAGUAAGGUAUAAAGGUAACAAAAAUAUAUCAAACAAAAGCCUUGCUCUUCUGAGCACUAACUAAACAAAAUAAUCAGCUAACUGGGUUGGAUGGCUUGUCCAUUUCCCAACAUAAACAUAAACAUAAACAUAAACAUAAACAUAAACAUAAACAUAAACAUAAACAGCCUUACUGCUUCAGGGUUUUCAGCUCUCUGUUUCCACUCACAGAAACCAAACACAAUCUCCCUUCUUCCUUGGCAGGGGAGUACUUAAUAGCACUGGUAAUUGAUAAUCCUUUUCAGGUGAGUUAGAUUAGGAUUCAAACUCCAGAACUGGACUUCUCACCAAGCAACUUCCAAAAUGUGGAGUGGAGCACUGGCCCACCCUACUCUCCAGGUGCUCCACCCCAGGGCCCAAAUAUACACAUAUUUAAAGUGCAACAUUCAUUAGAACAUAACACAUUUCCCUGGGGCUAAUUACACAAAGUAAGAACCUUGCAAAAUCUGGGGAGGUAUAUAGGUUCCUUCCAGCACAAUUCCUUGCUUUCUGUCACAAGAUUUAUUUACAUCAAGUUGGUCAUUGUUGUUAAAAUUCCACAAUUAUCAUCAGUGGAAUUUUAUCAUACUAAAACAGCUAUAGCUUUGUAUCGCCCAGCAUUGGGAGGUAUGGAAUUGGGAAGCACGUAGAUGGUCCCUAGGGUCAUUGUCAGUGACUUGUGUCACUUGCGAUGCCCACAAUGGAUGAGUCUGCCUGCAAAAGGGAGUGGGUUGGCCAACUGAAGUGGUAUGUCAUCCUAGUAUAAAAAAAAAACAAAGCUGACUGACAGCAUCUAUGGUCGGCAGACCGAGAUCGGCAACUUUUGACAAUCCAGAUGGACUUCAUUCCCCAUGAUGCUUUGACAGAAUUUUGUCUGUAAGGAAUUAUGGAAGAUGUAGUCCACAACAUCUGUAGUACCAAAGGCUGCCUCUCCUUGUGGUAGACCAUGCAGAGAGUACUGCUGAAGCACACUCUGUAUGAUCCUAGCGGUUGCCACAUAGCUGAAGCACAUCAAACAUGUGUUCUCUCUGUGCUAGACAGGGUCAACCCCCUCUUCACAACUGCGCAGUAAACAUUAGUAAAUAAAUAACAAUUUUGAAUCACAAACUAUAACUGGGCCAGAUCAUUUUCAAGAGGAAAUGUAGCUGUUGUAAUAGAGACACUAUCAACAUGGAACAAAUCGGGACACUGGGAGAGGACCCCAAAGGAGGGACAGUCUAACCAAAAUUGGGACAUAUUGGAGGGCUGCAACCCUGCAUGUUCCUUUUCAGUUUUUGGAUUCAGGAUGAGUUCAUUGUUCAGUCUACGUGCUGUAGGCUUCAGCUCUAUGUAGAGCUGCAGAGAUCAGUGUUUAGCUUGAAGAGAGAUACUGAGUUCACAGUUAUAGGAAUAUAACCAUGAUUUCUUAACCACUAUUAUUAUUAAUAGCCUAUUAUUAUCAUCACUUAGGAUGUGUAUGGCAUGUCAAGGAGAAGCAUAUCUUAAUUUUGCAAAGUAGGAAAUGAACAUAUGGCUAGUGAUUUUAAUAAAUCACUGCUGAUAUAGUAGAUAUGAUAAAAGGAGGUAAUGAGCCCUCUGCAGUGUAAUCAAUGCACAGUGUGCAGGAAGCUAUGGUGCUUGGGGUACUAUUGUGUUAGGGCCCCUUUAACUCUGGGAAAUAUGCUCAUUACAAAUUGUGGAUUUUUUUCUUUUGAAACUUGUUAAUCUACUAGUCUGUAAAAAAAUUAAUUCUGUGAUUAACAUGUUAUUAUUUGCAUUUUUUUUUUAAACCCACUAGAUUGUUGACAGAGGAGGAAAACCGAACAACUCUGUAAAAAGAAAAAAACGUACGUUCAUUGAUGAGAAAACAAAACAAAAGUUAGAAGAGAAUUAUAAGCGGUUCGCUCAUCCCAGUAAAAUGGAAAUUAAAAGCAUUUCAACAGAAACCGAACUAACAUGUGAUGUAAGUAUUAACGAUAAGAAGAUUUCUGUCAACUACUAUGAUAUGACAAUUUACAGUAAUUCACUAGUGAGAAGUGAGAAUUCAGAGUGAAUUCAAAGUGAACUUCUGAUUUAAAGGGACACUAUAGUCACCAGAACCACUACAGCAUAAGUGGUUAUGGUGUCUAUAGCCUGUCCCUUCAGGCUUUUUAACGUAAACACUGCCUUUACAGGCAUACAAUACACACAAACACUACUACACACAUUGCAUCCACUACACAAACACACACUCUGCAUCCACUACACAAAUACAGAGGCUGCAUCCACUACACACUUUGCAUCCACUACAAAAACACACACUCUGCAUCCACUACACAAAUACAGAGGCUGCAUCCACUACACACUUUGCAUCCACUACACAAACACACACUCUGCAUCCACUACACAAAUACAGAGGCUGCAUCCACUACACACACUGCAAACUGCUUUGAUGGGCAUGGCUUUGCAAAGCACCCAUUUAAUCCCUGGACCCAGGCAGCACAAUGUCUUGGACCAGCCCUGAGUUAACUGAUAUAGUAAUCACAUUAUGGAGGUCACUUUAACAAUGUGUUCUAGAGAUUAGAAUACCAGUAUGCACAAUUUGGGUAAAAGAAGACUCUAUAAUUAAUGCCAGUUGGACUUAUCUCUAAUGAUGCCAUUUAAAUCAUAGUUUUGUAAGGAGUUUUUUUCUACACUACUAUUUUGGCCUUAAAUUUCCCUGCAAUCCCCUUUUCAAUUUUCACAAUUUCCACUUUAGUAAUUUGACCACAUGAUAGAAUCUUAAUUAGAAUCAUGCACAUAAGAUAAAUUCCCUUAUUGACCACUCAUUACUUUUAUUAUUUAAUAAUAGGUUGUUAAUACAUGGUUCUGUAACCGGCGUCAGCAGGAAAAGAAGGAACUGAACAAAUGCCUGAAAGAGGAAGCCGUAGCAUCUGGCAAUUGUGCUCAACCCAUUUCAACUCCUAACACAGGAACCUGUGCCAAGCCACCAGUGGCAGUACCACAACCCUGCCUAAUUGACAUGACUGGGUUAAAUCGUACACCUUAUAUGGCAAUAAAUGACCAAAACGAACAAUUUAUCCAACAUGCCAUGCAAAGUAUGCAUACUGGAAACUAUACUCAGUUAACCAUGUUAUAA